AUGAAGUCGAUCGCUUCGUGCUUCCACGAUUGCGGCGUCCCCUCACAUUUGGCGAUUUUAGUGGCACUGCCAGGCACUGCACUCCUCCUGUUCAACCUUAAAAAUACAUCUCAAUCCAACUUCCUUUGCAAACACGCGCUGGCGAGACGGAAGCAUGCCUCAGUGUCGCCUGAUGGGGUUACACUGAAUCGCCUAAAGCGCCCAGUAGCGCACCGCUCGCUGCUGGCCCCGCCAAUUUUGACCCCAUCAACAUCCGCGCGCCGAGCUGAACCUGAGAGAACCAAGGCUGUGCACCAUUCGACUGCAGGCCGCAGCCGCCGUAUGGCAUCAAAAAAUCCAGCAACAGUCACAGAAGACUGCGCUGUAUUUUUUGGCCAUCAUGGUCCGCUCAUUGCCAGCGGCGACAAAAUCGGCCUUCGCACCAAGAUAAAGGCUCAGCUCCGCUCGGUACAAGCGUGGGAUUGUGAUCCAUGGAUUGGCCUCACACUCGACUUCCCCUUGGGAAAAGACCAGAAAGCGAACGAGGAGGCCGGCUUUGGCGUGCGGUAUCGAGCCCCAGAACAUGGUUCACAAGACAGGUCAAAGCUUUGCGAUUACCACCAGAUCCGAAUCAAGUUUCCCCCCAGCUUCUCCUACGAAGUCCAGCAAGGACAGUCUCCGAGCACGAUCACGAACGAGCACCUCAGCUACGUAAAGAUACAUUUUGAUGAGAGUCGAGCUACAAUCGAAGGCUUCGGUAUCCCUUUCGCGAACCAAGAAGACCACCGGGUUGAAAGCUGGAUCAACGGAGACGUCCCCAUCGCCGGAAUAUGCCAUCUUCUGGACAUUCUCCAGCAGCAAAUUCUAUACCUCAUCCUGCCCUCAAAAAGCAGUCUUGUGAAGAUCCUCGGCACUACUCAAAACUUGUCGACUUUCCGAUACCCUCACAGUGAAGACUCUUCUUGGGACCUUUCUCAUUUUGAGAAAGAGCUCCGAGAAAACAAAGGCCAACAGUUCGCGCCACUUUACAGUCACCCCACAGAUGUUUCACACUUAACAGCUAUCAGCCAGUCUAUCGUACAGGAUGCACUAUGGCUACACCAGGCAGCAGAGCGAGUAGGGCACCCAAGUUCGAAAUGGAAUAACGAGGGAACGAUCCAUAACUGGGAUGGCAACCUCUCAGUGAAACAUACCCGAAUACCAGGCUACUUCUUCCGCUGUAAGGUGCCGGAUACUGGCAUCGAGGACGGUCUUCACCUUGUGAUUCCGUUUUCUGAGCCACUCUUAAAGGCAAUUGGCCCGUCCUGGAGGCUUCUCAUCAAACAAAGAACCUUUAGGCUAGAAGUAUUCACCUCACGCCAAAGUCAGGAGUCCAUCCCGGGAGAAUGGUUCUGUCGCAUUGCGCCUUUAGGAAAACUGGAUCGCUAUGCCAGGCACCGAAAAAGUGCCGCCGAUCUGAUCUUGGUUGUUAGGCGAGGAAUGCAGAUGAGGACCUACGAUGAUGAGAUAUGGAGGAGCUACCGUAUCAACAACGGCAAUGACCAGGACCUCGACAAGUUCAAAAUGUUUUCCGACCGCCAGAGUGCCAGCGAGGCGCUAUUGAAAGAAGAUAACAGUUGGAACUACGUGUCUCUGAUGUUCAACAAUAAAUCCGCCCGAUCUCAGCGCCGAAUUAAGGCUGUUAUUUCCUUUCAUCCUCAAGCACGCCCAUUCAACCCCACUGCGCAAUGGCUAGCAACAGAGAGGACUCCUCGAACUGGUACUCAAACAGAAGCCCUGCCUGACGAUAUGACUCAAGAACAGCAGCUGCUCUUUGAUGAAGUCAACGACAAAAUGGGUCUGCAUCGAUCUGUUUUACGUGGUGCUGGAUUUUAUGACUGGAUGACGAAGACCGAUGGCAACAGCAAAUGGAGGCCACUUCCAACGAUUAACCUUCUCGACGUUGAUGAUCAGUCUUAUGUUGAUGCCAUCCUUGGAAUGGUUCUGUCCAAAGAUCGUGCCCGCUUCAGAUCCUAUCUGAGUAAUAGAACACUGGGCAUUGGUAUCAUUACAGGUCCUCCAGGAUCUGGAAAGACAGCGCUGGGUGCCACUGCAACGCUAGCCUUACAGGCAAAGGUCGGCAAAAUUCUCUGCUCAGCGCCAACAGAUACAGCCGUAGACAACUUCGCAUAUCAUCUCGGCAAACAAACUUGGGAUAUCACAGAAAAUUUGAACGCAGAGAAGUCUCUAGACGACUCAAGCCGGUAUCGCCGCAAGCUGGUCAUUCGACUGUACUCGUACCACGAAGAGAAAAACGCCUUUUACAUGCUUUUAACGAGACCUGAACUCGGCAAAGAAGUCCUAGAUGACUGGAAGCUCCCAGGAGAACCCAAGGGGAUAUCGCCUGUUGUUGAUCGGAGUCUUGGACCUGAUGAUAGCUUAGCUUUACAUAAGUUGCAGCAAGACAUCGACGAAGAUGAACAACUAGUGCCCAUACGAGAUGGUUUUCCUCAACUUAUCUCGGAAUAUCUGGACGAUCAUUUCAAUGAUCUCAUGGAGAAGUUACUUGAAAAAGCGGACAUGCUUUGCGUUACACCAAUAAGUGCACCAGAGCUCGGAUCACCAUUUCGAGGAGAACCAUAUGUGUUAUGGAAGAGGAGAUCGGUACAAGGAGUUGUAGUUGAUCAAGCAGGAAUGAUGGACAGACCUGAUCUCUACCGUGUCUGGGGGAACACGCUGCUUCCAUGUUUUCUCAUUGGAGAUACAAGAUCGGAACAGCCAACAGUUCAGACUACUGGUGAGAAAGAACCAGGCUCGGAAAACUAUUACAAUCGCUUUGCCGGGGAUGGCCAACUUUCCGGUCUAGAAUUUCUGCAAGCAUCUGGCCUCCCAGUCUUGCGUCUCGAUACACAGUUUCGUAUGGCCAAGGGCAUGUACGACUUGGCUGCCCAAGUGUUUUACCCCCAAGUCCCACUUCAGUGCCACCAACCCGACCACAACAUGGCAGAGCAACAACCCGAUGUCGGACGAGAGCUUGAGGCUUAUUUCAUUCAUCGACAGAACUCAACGAUUUACAAGGAUGUUGACGGCUCACAGGCCUGCCAGGAACAGGACAGUGCCGUCUUGAGCUUUAUUGCUGGGUUAGUCACCCACUCGGCUAUUGAUCCAGCACAAAUCGUCAUUCUCACACCCUGGUACGCCAAUGCUGCACUCAUCGAGCGCAAGCGCAACCAAAAGAGGCCCGAACUUUUGAAGGAUAUGCCGGAAGCCGCCACUAUCGAAAGCUAUCGUGGAAAAGAGUCCGAUAUCGUUGUCGUGGUGAUGUCCACCACGCGUGACACAGGACCCGAUAUCACAGCGAAUGAGCAUUCGCUCAUCACCAUGCUCACCCGCCACAAGAGCGGAUUGGUCAUUUUUGGGGACAUUUGUACGAGUGGGGUGAUCGGAGAGGACCGUAAUGGGACGCUCUUCAAGAUCAACAAAGCUGGGCAAGAGCUCAACGCAUUACAGAGGAUUGAUGAGACACUCUUUGAUGAGGGGCGAGUUGUGGUGUUUUCCACGAAGCUGAGCAAGUAA